GAGACGAUGGUGAGGCCGCUUUUGUGUUGGUUUGUGUUAGUGGCGGUGGUGUUUAGUGGCGGCGCUCGUGGCAGCCAAGUGACAUACGAUGGCAGAUCUUUGAUCAUUGACGGCCAACGGAACAUUUUGUUCUCUGGUUCUAUUCAUUAUCCUCGAAGUCCUCCUGAGACAUGGGCAUCUUUGAUAAGCAAAGCCAAAGAUGGAGGGCUAGAUGUGAUUCAAACCUAUGUGUUUUGGAACCUUCAUGAGCCCCAACCAGGGCAGUAUGAUUUUAGUGGAAGAAAAGAUCUAGUGAAGUUCAUAAAAGAAAUACAAGCGCAAGGGCUCUAUGCUAGCCUCAGGAUUGGACCUUUUAUUGAGAGUGAAUGGUCUUACGGAGGUCUACCAUUUUGGCUGCGUGACAUUCCAGGCAUUACUUUUCGAUGUGACAAUGAACCCUUCAAGGUUUACAUGCAAAACUUUACAACAAAAAUAGUAAACAUGAUGAAAUCAGAAGGGUUAUAUGCUUCACAAGGAGGCCCGAUCAUAUUAUCUCAGAUCGAAAAUGAGUAUUCGAUGGUAGAAGCUGCUUUCAAAGAGAGAGGGCCACCAUAUGUGAAAUGGGCUGCAGAAAUGGCUGCAGGACUUCAAACUGGAGUCCCCUGGGUGAUGUGCAAGCAAGAUGAUGCUCCUGAUCCAGUGAUUAACGCAUGCAACGGUAUGAAAUGUGGACAGACAUUUGUUGGGCCAAAUUCACCCAAUAAGCCAUCAAUAUGGACAGAGAAUUGGACUUCUCAGUAUCAAGUAUAUGGUGAAGAACCACUCUUGAGAUCUCCUGAGGACAUUGCAUUUCAUGUUGCUCUAUGGAUUGCAAGGAAUGGAAGCUUUGUAAAUUACUAUAUGUACCAUGGUGGAACUAAUUUUGGAAGGGUAGCAUCUGCAUUUGUAAUAACAAGUUACUAUGAUCAAGCCCCUCUUGAUGAAUAUGGUAUGAUUAGGCAACCAAAAUGGGGACAUCUGAAGGAAUUGCAUGCUGCAAUCAAGCAUUGUUCAAUAAAUUUACUUCGUGGACAACAAACUAUUUAUUCUCUGGGUGAUAGACGAGAAGCCUAUGUUUUUCGUUUAAAUUCAAGAAAAUGUGCAGCCUUUCUGGUGAACAGAGGAGGAAAAGAUACCGAGGUAAUAUUUCAUAAUUCUUCAUAUGCACUCCCUGCCGAAUCAAUUAGCAUUCUACCUGACUGCAAGAACGUAUUCUUCAAUACUGCAAAGGUAAGCACUCAAAACAGUUCAAGAUCAAUGAUACGAGGCAAAAUAUUGGAUGGAUGGGAAGAAUUUAUAGAUCAUAUUCCUAAUUAUGAAGACACCACACUCAAAUCAAACACUUUAUUAGAACAAAUUACUACUGCUAGAGAUUCUUCUGAUUACCUAUGGUAUAAUUUCAGGUAUCAACAUCAAUCCUCCAAUACGAAAGCUCUAAUGAAGGUAUACUCUCUUGGGCAUGUUCUCCAUGCAUUUGUCAAUGGAGUACUAGCAGGAUCUGCACAUGGGACACAUCAGAAUCCAAGAUUUACCCUUGAGAAUACGGUUUCUUUAAACAAUGGGAUCAACAAUAUUUCAUUGCUAAGUGUGAUGGUUGGAUUACCGGAUUCAGGAGCAUUUAUGGAGACAAAGGGUCUUGGACUUCGUAGUGUGUCCCUUCAAGUUCAACAAAAACAACUCAUCUUAACUAAUUCUUCAUGGGGAUAUCAGGUCGGAUUACUGGGGGAGAAUUUGCAAAUUUACACGGAUCAAGGAUCAAGUAAAGUUCAAUGGAAAAAGUUUUCGUCUUCUCGACAGCCGCUUUCAUGGUAUAAGACUGUAUUUGAUGCACCUGCGGGAGAUGAACCUAUUGCUCUGAACUUUGGUUUGAUGGGGAAAGGUGAAGCUUGGGUUAAUGGUGAAAGUAUUGGUCGAUAUUGGGUCUCUUUUCAUACUCCCAAUGGCAUUCCUUCACAAACAUGGUACCAUGUACCAAGAUCCUUCCUGAAACCUACAGGCAAUCUUCUAGUUAUAUUAGAAGAAGAGGGACGUGGAUCUCCUCUAUCAAUCUCAUUAGACACAGCUUCAAUUACAAGAGUAUAAUUUAUUUUGGAUGUGCGGCAACAUCUAAUUGAAUUGACGUUGUGGAGAAGACUUGUAUGGAGAAGAGGAGAUGCUGUAUCCAAAGAUCCAUGUCCAAGCAUUCAAAAAACUUUGUUGGUGGAAGCACAGUGUGAUUCUUUGUAAGAUUGUUCAACAUAUUACAAUUGAUUCAUGUAUUCCUUUAUUUUAAAACAGAAAUGAAGAAUAUUCAUCCAUUUAUCAAUGAGAAAAAUAAAAGUUCAUCUUUCUGCACUUGAAUUG